GACCCGGGCGAGGUCGCGUGACAUCAACAGGAAGACGGAGCUCGCGCUGCCGGGAGGUGAUGGCUCAGCGGGCGACGGCCAGGUGGCGCUACCUGCGGGCGUUCGUCAGCGGCCUCUUCGUGGCCGUCCCCGUCACGGUCACUGUCCUGGAUCGAUUUGCCUACGUUGCUCGAGUGGAAGGAGCAUCGAUGCAGCCGUUCCUGAACCCAAGCAGCGGCUCGGACUGUGACGUCGUCCUCCUGAACCGCUGGACUGUGAGGAACCACGAGGUCCAACGAGGAGACAUCGUCUCUGUCAUGUCCCCGAGGAACCCACAGCAGAAGAUCAUCAAGCGCGUCAUCGGCCUGGAGGGAGACUUCAUCAGGACGCUGAGCUACAAGAACAGAUACGUCCGCGUCCCUGACGGUCACUUCUGGAUCGAGGGCGAUCACCACGGCCACAGUCUGGACAGCAACAGCUUUGGACCGGUCUCUGUCGGGCUCCUUCACGGUCGAGCGUCUCACAUCAUCUGGCCGCUGAAUCGUUGGCAGCAAAUCAAACGUUCACUGCCUCCAAACAGAGGACCAGUGGAGACUGAGGAGGAGGAGGAGGAGGGGGGAUGAAGGCACACACACACACACACACACACAGGACUCUGCAUUGACUUCCAUUCAUUUAUUCAGACUAAACAAAACCUCAUCACUAACUUUAACCAGUUCCUCAGAAAUGAGGUUCUGCCUCAUUAGGAUCAGGUUUUGGUUUCCAUGACUGGUGGUCCUGACAAGGUCACUGUUUAUGACACACACACACACACACACACACGUCUUCCUGCUGGUGUGACUCUCAUGAGUCAUGUGAUGACGUUGCAGGUGAAUGGAGCUAAUGACAGAAUGUGAGAAAUAAACAGGAUUUUGAUGAUCGAU